CUUUUCUAAUCCUGUUUUCUAAUCAAUCCAUUAAACGUCACUUCUACUGUUACGCUUUCCAUUCUGGAUAAUUUUAACUGCUAAUACAGACAGGCAAUUAAUUUUAUUGAUUUCUAAAACAAACAAAAAAUACACCAAGAUGAAAUUUCACCCGUAAUAUUUACUUAUUAAUACUUUCUAACAUGAUUUUCUUCGAUAAUAGCUGUUACAUUUUAAGAAUUACUAACGUUCUUCUUUAGCGUAAAAUUUAAGCUGCUAAUAAUACGCUGUCAUUGAUAAUAAUUCUUUCUUAUUUUGAACAAACCCGAAAUAUCUUUAACAACUAGAAAGAUGCGUUAGCGUAAACAAUACAGUAAAAAUACGUAGUUAAAAUACAGUAAAAGUAAGUAGUUGUUAUUAAUGGAAAUUAAAAACAAAUCGUUGUGUAUUGAAUUUAUCACAAAAGAUUAGCAUUAUCCUAAACAAACAAAGAUUUUAAACAUAAAGAUUUAAAGACCGGAUGAGGGUGUUUGCCAGUUUAAAGUUGGGCUUUAUUUCCGUUAGAGAGUAUCAUUAAAUUUUGAAAAUUGUAACGGUUAAAUUGAAGUAAGCAAGAUCAAGGCUAGCCAAGGGGGUCCUUCGGCAGGUCGGAUGACCUUCCAGGAAUCCCUGUAACGGACAAUGACUACCUACCGACUCGGAAAUUAGAUGACCAUGGGUUUUCACUUGCUGUGCAAAGGACUGAACGAAUCCAGGCGAGCUAUGAUUUCUUGGACGUCUUUACUUUACAACUGUUCCCUUUAAAAUAUUUCUAUUUGCAAUUAAAUCCGUAAUUAGUGGAAAGGGUGACCGACAUGCUUGAUCUACUACUAUUGCGGUCUACUCGAUACGUUUGGUGGAAAACUCGCAGGAAUUUUAUUUUAUUUACCGCUUUGCGUUAUACAAGCGAAUGCCGUAAGUGGAAUUAACGCUGUGAAUAAAAUAAUGUAUCGCUCCAAACUUAUUGGAUUCCUUCGGUUUUGUUUGCUUGGUUGUAGCGGUUAGUGCGAUGAGUCACGAUACGUACAUACUGACUUGUGCGCAGAGAUUUGUUUUCCCUAUUAAAUAGCCAUGAUAUUUUAUGUAUUUUUACGCAUUAUAUGCAUACUUCUACGAUAAAUUGUUGCACCUUUGAGUUACGUAGAAACGUAUAGACGCUUGCGAUGACUUUUGAUACCGCUCUAAUGGUUUCUAAUCCAAAUUACAUUUUUUCCGUUUUUACAUUCAACGUCGCGUAGAUACGCCUAACUUCCCAAGGAACCACGAGAUAUUUACGUUCCGAAUAAACUGAUAUAUCGCAAUGGUUAAAGUGCCGAUAAGGAAGAACCAAAUUUCUCUUCGGUCAGCCGAUAUUCCCUCGACUCGACGAACCGAGCGGAAUCGCAAAUCGUACGAGUAAAUCGUACAUCGUCCGUGGCGUGCAAUUAUCUCGCGGUUGGUCCACGAGGUCACAGGGGCGGUUCUUAACUGCGGUUCGCUUCGUUCCUCGCGUAGAUCCAUAUACCCUUAUAAAGGAUCACGUUUGUAAAUCAUAAAAUUCGCAGUUUCACACGCUCUCCACUUCGGCCAGCCCUUCUCCCUUUCGUUCCUCGUCUCGUUGGCGGAGGAGGAGAGCCCUCUCCGCGGGCUGCAAUUACCUGCAAUUUGUACUACGAACAGCGUAUACGCCAUCUUGUCUGUAUAUGUGACGCGAAGCGCAUGCAGAUGGCGUACAAACGCGCGGGAGAAACCGGCAGAAGCCUGGGGAACGAGGCGAAAAUGAAAGAGGAGAAGCUGUAGGACUUGAAACUAUACACGGUGGAGAAAGGAGGACGAACCGCUUAGAGAAACGAAGAAGAAAAGAGAGCGAAACGGGGCGCGGAGAGUGAAAGAGGGUGCAUGUUCCGCGCAGACGUUGCACGCCGGAGAAAAUCGUAGCGACCGCGUCGCUUUUCCAGUAUUUCCGUCCUAUUCCAUUUACGCCAUUUCGUAUUUUAUUUUCUGCUUGACCUUCUUUAUCUUUGUAAGAAAGUAUUGUAAUUUCUUAAAUUCGAAUACGUAAUCAACAUACGUACCCUUAAUGUUUGCCGUACGAAGGAAAGAAACAAAGAUGGAGAAGUGAGAAAAAUGAAUUACUCAAAUAAGCGUAGUUAGUAUCCACAGUCGGUUUAUAGAAUUUUCAUCGAUUCAAUUUAAUUACGUAUCUGAUUGUGCAUCUCUAUUAUACGAACGAAAUAUCGUUUCGAUGCGUUACGAAAAAUCGAUCAGAACGAAGUUUCACCGUGAUCAUUAAAUAAAACAUCGUUGUAACGAACGAAUUUUAAAUAAAUAAAACGUUACUUUUGUGUAUUUUUCUGACGAUGCUAUUUUUGUAUUCAAGAAAACAGAAGAAAAAUUGACGAAUAGAAAUGAUAGGUAUCUAUGAAAACGAACCGUGAUAACUACGUCAUAUAAUUGACGAGAUCAAGCAAUCAGCAUGUUAACUGAUCGACGAAUGGAUCUAAAGUUUGAUACUACUCAUCGUCAAGUGCAUGGAUCGCAUUUUCUCGUUUCUUCUUUCCUUUCUUUUCGUUGCUUGUGUACUGUUCGAUCUCUACGUACUGCGCGAUCACCGGUGUCCCGCAUAGUUUACUACGGCACUUACUUACUUCGUGUACUACGAAGAAAGACACUCGCGAUACUCUUGUCUGUUUACAACGCUAUGUCUUGCCAAUUAUAUACAUAUAUACAAGUCGCUUGUUGCUCGUGGGAACAAUUUUAUACGACAUCCAGAUGCCAAGGUUCGUGUUUUUCUCAUGUUCCGUCCAUGCUGGUGGAAUAUCAACCAACGUUUGUAAUCGAACGUAUAUAAUCGACGAACUUGGUUGAAGAACCGAAUAUCUAAUUUCGUAUAAAUAUAAGAUUCUGAAAAAGAAAUAUACAACAAAGCAGUUAGUUAAAAAAUAAAAUUUAAUAAAAAUAAUAAUAACAAAAUCUCUAUGUGAAAUCAGAUGACUGUAUCUUUUUUUGGAAGAUAAAAAUGUAUAGUACUUUGACGUUCGUUGUAUUUCGUUCAUUAUUCGAUUAUUUUCGCUCAGGUUUUUGGGUGUGAACGAAAGUCCGCGCGUGUAUAGACAAAGGGGAUCGUUUACGAAUGAACAGUCAGAUCAGUACAAUGUUGCUGCGUUCACGGCCGGUUUCACCUACAAAAUACAUUCACAGUCCAACGGCCAUGUUUUCGAAAUUACGUAUUCAUUUAUAUUUCGCGAUACGAAUGGUCGGAAACUCGAACCAAAUCACGACUCUUUCAUAGCCAGAUGCAUAGUAGUCUACAAUUUUCUCCGGAAACAUCGUUUUUAUCACGGAACACGAUCUGUUGCCUAAUAAAGGGAGAAGGGACCUUACGCAGCCAUAUUUUCGAUGGAACAUGAUACGAGUAUGAAAAUGCAAGGGGGAUCGGCAAUGGACUCGGCCGUUUCCAUCGAACCCUCGACCGCUCGGGACAGCACACGAGUUAACGAGCGUGCAGGAAAAUGGAGAAAAAUAUAGACGUCAACCGGAACGUGGACAUGGCUGACGAUGGUUAUCAACCACGGGUCAAGUGACCGAGAUGAAACGGAAGCGAAAACACUCACCGAAAAUCUCCGUCAUCCACGCUCGAGUUCGCCACAUAGGGGUCGUUAUCCGGCAGGGUGCGCGAAGAGGAGCAUAAAGAGAAGGAAGGGAGCGAAGAAAGGACCACUGAAAGAUAUACGAGAGAAGAAGAGGGCAGAGAGAUGAGGGAAAAGAGGGAGGUGUCGAUACCGGGCGUAACCCGUCGGUCUACCGCCUACCACAGCCUGAUAUGCGCUGCCAGAAGACGGCGUUGGCGUCCCAGGCCUCCGCCCACUGAAUACCACUUUGCCUGCCCGUUCGUUCUUUCCGCCAGCGAACGUUCGGAGCCUCUAUCAAGGCGUGGAAUAGUAGAGGGGAUUGCGAACACGACGGAAUAUCCCAGCGUCAGAUCGCAAGGGGACGCGAGUGUGCGCGCGUCGGCUCUGUGUUCGGCAGUUCCAUCGUUCCACCGGGUCAUCGUUUGCCGGUCUGUUCUCGUCUCAUUUCUUCGCGUACCGUUUCAUUUGAUCGGUGAGCUUGUUGCGAUUUUUUCUUCGUUAUAUUUGUACCACUCGUUUCAAAUCGUAGUCGUUCUCGACUACGUUUGUUUGCUACGAUGCGGAACAACGUCGAUGGCGAGUUCCCUGUGUAGUCACGAAAUUGGUACCAGUCAUAGUCUGUCUUUGUCACGUUUGUGGAGUCUUGCGAACGCACCCGCUUACCGCGUGUCCUGUUCCUUUUCCCUGGUUUCACCCCUCCAAACCCGGCUACGAGUCUUUUCUUUUCCCCUUCUCCUUUCUUCGAUCUGUCCUUUCUUCCUUCUUCCUUAGAGGAUAGUCCCUUUUGGUAACGCAGAGUGCGCGCAUUACCACUGCAUCGCACACAACACUGGGCAACACGUAGGCGAAGUGUACGCGUGCGCGCUCUUCCCUCGUAAACUUUCCACUUUUUUUUUUCUCCACUGUGUAGUGUGUUGUGUAUCGGCUGCGAGACGACUUGGGCGUUUGCGAUAGAAAACUCGCGCGCAUGUUAGCCAUCAGCGCGCCGCGUGUGUUUCUUUUGCUUUAGUGACAGAACAGAUUUACGUCGUUUAUCCAGGAACGCCCACGAUCUACUAAGACAACGUCGAUCAAGUUUAUCUUCCAUUGGAAAUUGGAAUUGGUUGGUAUUGUGAAUUUUUGUGUAAAAACAGCGAACGUUUCCUUGCACUACACAAACGUAUCAACCAAAGGCAUGAACACGUAUUCGCGUUGUUUCGAUUACAGUGUUUCUUCGCGGUGUCGGUGAGACGUACUUCGAACUCUGUUACUUUUCACCGGUAACGUGACACUUACCGACGGAGCCGAUAUCAAUUCGUUUGUUUCGCGUCACGUGCGAUUGGUGUGUAUCGAGGAUAAAAAUCGUACUUGCGAUCGUGCGCGCGGCUCGUUUCACGUCGUGAUCUCGUUUGCUUCGUAAACGGUGUUAAACGAGAGCGAACCAUCGGUUCCUCCUUUUCUCUUUGUAUUUUGGCAGCGUGUUCUGCUGUGGCCGUGUCACUCGUGUCGUGAGCGACCGCGUUGCGGUAAAACAGUCAAAAUUCGGGUGAAGAACAGAGAACCGUUGCCAUCCUACGCGAUGGAAAUGAGCGACGAGUAUCAGGACAUGGGAAAUCCCGGAGGAGGGGUAGCGAUGGUAAACAUACCUAUUACCCAUCACCAACAUACGCCUGAUAGUCCAUUGUCGCAUCAGGAGGAGGAUUUGUCGGAUCCAGACCUUCAGGACGAAGAGAGCGGCGAAGAAUUACCUCAGCAACCACUUCAGGGUAACACGCACUCGUCGUCGGAUAAUGCAUCCGCGCAGGCUAGUACACCUACUCCGUUAACACACUUGAACAGCCUUAUGGGUGCACACCAUCCGCACUUUCUGACGAAGCUGAAAAUGGAGGCAGCCGAUGUGGAUGCAUUAACCAAUAAAAGCGGAUUAGAAGCGUUGCAAGUUGCCAUGAGUGGAGCUGGAUUCAAUCUACCAUUUUCGUUUCCACCACCUGCAGCGUUCCUAACGCCGCAGCACCAUUCGCAAAACAAUCAUCAACAAGCGAAUAGUGCUAUCGUGAGCGGCAUCGGAAAUCAAAUGACAUCAUCGGCCAGUUCACAUUCCAGCGAAUCAUCACAGGGUAGCGGUAGAAACGGCGGAGAGCCUCGCGAGACUAGCAAUCAUUCGCAGAGUAACUCGACGGGCACGAAUCACCAGCAACAGACCAGCUGGAGCUUCGAAGAGCAGUUCAAACAGGUGCGUCAGCUCUAUGAGAUUAACGACGAUCCAAAAAGGAAAGAGUUUCUGGAUGAUCUCUUUAGCUACAUGCAGAAACGAGGAACACCGAUCAAUCGACUACCAAUAAUGGCAAAAUCUGUGCUUGAUCUAUACGAGCUGUAUAAUUUAGUGAUUGCUCGGGGCGGACUCGUAGACGUAAUCAACAAGAAGCUCUGGCAGGAAAUCAUCAAAGGUCUCCAUCUGCCAUCAAGUAUCACUUCCGCCGCGUUUACUCUACGCACCCAGUACAUGAAAUACCUGUAUCCGUACGAGUGCGAGAAGAGACGUCUAUCAACACCGGCGGAAUUGCAAGCGGCGAUCGACGGCAAUCGUCGGGAGGGACGUCGAAGCAGUUACGGGGCAUACGCGACGAGCAGCAGCACGACGAGCGAAAGUCUCGUGCAGAGGAACCCCCACACACCCAACUCGCUCGCGUUGCACGCGCAAAUGUCACCGUUAUCGUUGGUGACAGCGGUAGCGGCUGGUGGUCAACACCAUGGACCGCAAUCGCUGGUGAAUGGAAGCGCCGCGCACACACCCUUACCCCACCAUCCACAUCAUCCGCAACAUUCUCAGGGAAUAGCAGGCCAAUCAAAUGCAGAACUGCAGUUUCUCUUCCCCUCGAUAAUAUUUCCAGGACCUAUUCCUGGGAUGGCACCAUCCGAGUUCGAGGCACGCAUGGUCGAGUACGUAAAACUAUUAAACAAAGAGCUUAGAAGUGCCGGUGGUAGUACACCGCCGCCCGUAAUUCAUCGACAAGAUAGCGCGUCACCUCCACCUUCGACACCACCGAGGGAUGGCGCGUUCAGCGCUCUGGAAAUGUCCCGACUGACCUUGUGGAAUAUGUACAACAACAAUACUCUAUACCCAGGAAUGGCUCAUCAACCGCCCAUGUCACCACAGACCUCACACUCACCGGUACCUGCACUUCCCAGUCCUGAACCUCAAAGGGAGGCUCUUGACCUUGGACUCAGGUCAUCGCCCGUAUGCUUAUCACCACUAAGGCAAAGUUCACCGUCUUCGGGAGGUAGCAUGCAAAUAAAGAAAGAUCAAGAUUUAAAUACUACACCUGGACCUCCACCAGCAAAAAGAUUACUUUCCGAAGACGAGAGUCCGGUGGAGAAGAGUGCAACGGUCGCUACCGGCACGCACAUUAAAAUUUCCAAUCGAGGAGAUGGAAGAAACGGUGAUAAUUCCUUAGUAGUCAGUAUGGAGCUAAAUGGAGUGAUGUAUCAAGGUGUUUUAUUCGCUCAAAGUGACAGUAGGACCACGAACAAUACACCAACAUGCAGCAACAACAAUUCGAAACCGUCUCGAAGUGUGGUUUCGUGAAUGCGCAACGAUUAAGGAACAUCAGCCUAUCACGUUGUCUUGAUACUUGAUGAUUAUCUACAUAUAACAAGAAUAAUAGCCUAUAUUACGAACGAAGCAGUCUGCCAUGAUCAAACUUCAUUUUUCUUCGACUACUAUAAUUUACAUUCGCUAACUCGAUUUCUCGUUUACUUGUAUCAUGCGCGAAUACCUGCUAAGUUCCUAGAAAUUGUAUAAAUAUAUAUGAUACGUGAAUUAAUCAUGAUGACGAUAGGCUGCUUGGAUGAUGAUAUUGUGAAUGGUUAUUGUGUGAAUAGAGUACGUAUGAUUUGUGUGCAAUGAAAAGAUAUUGUCUUUUUAAUUAUAUAUCUUUAUAUUUUGCGGUUUCUUUCGUUCGAUGGGAACCUUCUCGGCGUAUCGUUCGCCGCAAAUCUCGCAUUGUCUUUCCUUUCGUUCAACCUUAAUAAUAUAAUUAAAAAAUGGAACAAAAAAAUAGACAAGAUAGUACAUAUUUGUAAGGGUGAACUAGAACGGAAAGUAUCUGCGAGAAAGAACAUGUGUUAAUUUCUGAUAGAACUCUUUUUUCUUGUUAAGCACAGAAGUUCUCUUUCCAAAAUUUGUUCUUUAUAUUUGCAAAAGAAAUCCUUAUAUUUGGCUAGUGCUGUCCAGUCAAGAUCAUUUGCAGAAUGCUUUCUACUUCACAAACUCUACAAAUAUAUAUUAUUUUUUCAUCGAAUCUCCUACGGAUAUUUUAUAGCAUUUUAAAUCAGCACGUGUACAUUUGUUUUUAUCAGGAUUAUCAAUACGAUGUCAUUGCAAAUGUAGAACCUAGGUGUGUAUGCAUGUGUAUAUACAAAUAUACUAUAUAUAUACAUACGAAUACAUAUAUAUAUAUGUAUAUAUACAUGUGUACACCGACGUAAGUGCGUGCGUAGACAAUUGUCCAUCUUGUCACCCGUCUGUUAAGUGUACAUAAUCAUUCGAAUAUAUUUUGCCUUCCGUAAGAGAGAACUAGAGCGAGAAAAAGGAACAGAGUUCAGUGCGAUCUAUUAAAAAAAGAAACGUUAAUAUUAUAAUUAUUUUAUUAUUAUUAUUAUUAUUAUUAUUAUUAUUAUAAUCGUAUUAUUAUUAUUAACGACACUAUUAUAAUUAUUAUUAUCGUCAUCAUUAGAUGUAGAAUUUUUAUUUUUUUUCAUUUUUUUUUUUUUUUUUUUGUGACAGCUAGGCUCUUUGACAAAAAAGAAUCUGGCGGUAAAAGUUCAUGAUCGUUCGCUUUUCAUUCAGAUUCUUUUAUAUGAUUCUUUCGUGAAUGGCCUUCACGAAAUAGAACGAAGGGUAAAGCAAAUUAUCGCUGCCCGUUUCUUCAUUUUUACUCUACACUAUCGCGUUGUUUUCUUUAUUUCAUACUAACUGCGCAAAAGGUACGAGCGUUUACUACAAAAGCAUUUAGCGGCGUAUCAUCCGAAUGUUUGAUCCGUUCGCACCAUUUCGCACCUUUGCCGUUGACUCACCCGUCGUUAAAAUUUUUAAAUCUCCUUUUUUUUUUUAACGAUGGGUAAGGAUGUUUUUCGAUGUCUGCUACGGCCAGUUCGAUAACAAUACCGCAGUCAAGUAACUAUAAAACACUGAACACCCACGAAUCGAUCUAUAAAUAUAUAAAUAUAGCAAUGUCUACAUAAUGCUUAGUACGCAACGCGCAGGAAAAAAAUCAUACAGGAUUGAAACGUAUAUCCUUUGUAGAAGACAAGUGUAUUCGUAACGCAGUCAGGACUAAAAUAAAACCAUCCGUAGUAAUAGUUGUUAGGAUAAAGACGUAGCGGAGGUAAGAUAUUAGAGAAUAAUCCGCGCAACAAUAAUACAAAGGACGUAGGAUAGAUCUGGAAAGAGAUUUUGCGAACGAUUUAUCGACGAUUUCUAAAACGAUAGCAGAAAAUGACAUAACAAUGAUCGGUUGAUCUAAGAAUCUGCAUAUUAAUAAUGAUGCAGGCGAAGAAAUGAAGAUGUUUUAUUGUUUAUAGAUUGAAUAUUAGCCAAAAAGACUGUUAUAUAAAAUAUAUAUAGGAUAGAAAUAAUUUCUUAUUACCAUUAUUAAGAGCGAUAUUAUUGUCAUCGUCAAUAUUAAUAUUACGACUAUAUAGCUAUUAUUCCUAUUACUACUAUUAGUAUUAUUCAGAUAUUUACUAUUAUCAUCUUGUUAUGACGUAAUAGCAAGUAACGGUUCUAAUAAAA